GAGCGGGGGGCCGGUCUCAGAGCUCACGUUUCCUUCUCACUGAAGCAAAGCACAGAAGAACAUUUUGUUUUUAUUCUGCCUUUUUUUCCUUCCUUUUUUUUUUUUUCCUUUUGAACUUAUUUUGGGGAGGGGUUUGCUCUGGGCAUCGCUCUGCCCAGCAGUUGCAAAGGGCACUCGACUCGUGAUGGUUCUCCUGUCACUUUGGUUGAUAGUAGCCGCUCUGGUAGAGGUUAGGACUUCGGCUGAUGGACAAGCUGGUAAUGAAGAAAUGGUGCAAAUAGAUUUACCAAUAAAGAGACAUAGAGAGUAUGAGCUGGUGACUCCAGUCAGCACAAACCUAGAAGGACACUAUCUCUCCCAUAUUCUUUCUGCAAAUCACAAAAAGAGGUCAACGAGGGAUGUGUCUUCCAACCCUGAGCAAUUGUUCUUUAACAUCACAGCAUUUGGAAGAGAUUUUCAUCUGCGACUGAAGCCCAACACUCAGCUGAUAGCUCCUGGAGCUCUCGUGGAAUGGCACGAGACACCUCUGGUGCCUGGGAAUACAACCGACCCCAUUAAUGACCACCAACCAGGAAGUGCUUCAGAAAGAAUCUGGAAAACAGAGCCUUUGCAUACUAACUGUGCUUAUGUUGGCGAUAUCAUGGAUGUUCCAGGAACCUCUGUUGCCAUUAGCAACUGUGAUGGUCUGGCUGGAAUGAUCAAAAGUGAUAAUGAAGAAUAUUUCAUUGAACCCUUGGAAAGAGGUAAGCAGAUGGAGGAAGAAAAAGGAAGGAUUCAUGUUGUCUACAAGAGAUCAGCAGUAGAACGGGCUCCCAUAGACAGGUCCACUGACUUCCACUACAGAGAGUCCGAUGUGGAAGGCCUUGAUGAUCUAGGUACAAUUUACAGCAGCAUUGACCAGCAGCUGAAUGAAACAAUGAGGCGCCGCAGACACGCAGGAGAAAACGAUUACAACAUCGAGGUGCUGCUGGGUGUGGAUGACUCUGUGGUCCGUUUCCAUGGCAAAGAGCACGUCCAAAACUACCUCCUCACCCUGAUGAACAUUGUGAAUGAAAUUUACCACGAUGAGUCCCUGGGAGUGCAUAUCAAUGUGGUGCUGGUGCGCAUGAUAAUGCUGGGCUAUGCAAAGUCCAUCAGCCUCAUAGAAAGGGGAAACCCAUCCAGGAGCUUGGAGAAUGUAUGUCGCUGGGCUUGCCAACAACAAAAAUCGGAUCCCAACCACUCUGAACACCAUGAUCAUGCAAUUUUCUUAACGAGGCAAGACUUUGGGCCAGCAGGAAUGCAAGGAUAUGCUCCAGUCACAGGCAUGUGUCAUCCAGUGAGAAGUUGUACCCUAAAUCAUGAGGAUGGGUUUUCAUCUGCCUUUGUAGUUGCCCAUGAAACUGGCCAUGUCUUGGGAAUGGAGCACGAUGGACAAGGCAACAGGUGUGGUGAUGAGACUGCUAUGGGCAGUGUCAUGGCUCCCUUGGUGCAGGCGGCCUUUCAUCGUUACCACUGGUCCCGAUGCAGUGGUCAAGAACUGAAAAGAUACAUCCACUCCUAUGACUGUCUCCUUGAUGACCCUUUUGAACAUGACUGGCCCAAACUCCCAGAACUUCCUGGAAUAAAUUAUUCUAUGGACGAGCAAUGUCGUUUUGAUUUUGGUGUUGGUUAUAAAAUGUGCACUGCGUUCCGAACCUUUGACCCAUGUAAACAGCUGUGGUGUAGCCAUCCUGAUAAUCCGUACUUCUGUAAGACUAAAAAGGGACCCCCGCUUGAUGGGACUGAAUGUUCUGCUGGAAAAUGGUGUUAUAAGGGUCAUUGCAUGUGGAAGAAUGCCAAUCAACAAAAGCAAGAUGGUAACUGGGGGUCAUGGACGAAAUUUGGCUCUUGUUCCCGGACAUGCGGAACUGGUGUUCGUUUCAGAACACGCCAGUGCAAUAAUCCCAUGCCCAUCAAUGGUGGUCAGGAUUGCCCUGGUGUUAAUUUUGAGUACCAGCUUUGUAAUACAGAAGAAUGCCAAAAACACUUUGAGGACUUUAGAGCACAGCAGUGCCAGCAGCGAAACUCCCACUUUGAAUACCAGAACAGCAGGCACCACUGGUUACCCUACGAGCACCCAGACUCCAAGAAAAGAUGCCACCUAUACUGUCAAUCCAAAGAGACUGGAGACGUUGCUUAUAUGAAACAGCUGGUGCAUGAUGGGACACGCUGUUCCUACAAAGAUCCAUACAGUAUAUGUGUGAGAGGAGAGUGUGUGAAAGUGGGCUGUGAUAAAGAAAUCGGUUCUAACAAGGUUGAGGAUAAGUGUGGUGUCUGUGGAGGAGACAACUCCCACUGCCGGACCGUGAAGGGGACAUUUACCAGAACUCCCAGGAAGCUUGGGUACCUUAAGAUGUUUGAUAUACCCCCUGGGGCUAGACAUGUGUUAAUCCAAGAAGACGAGGCUUCUCCUCAUAUUCUUGCUAUUAAGAGCCAGGCUACUGGCCACUAUAUUCUAAAUGGCAAAGGAGAGGAAGCCAAGUCACGCACCUUCAUCGACCUUGGCGUGGAGUGGGAUUAUAACAUUGAAGAUGACAUUGAAACUCUUCACACUGAUGGGCCCUUACGUGAUCCUGUGAUUGUUUUGAUUAUACCUCAGGAGAAUGAUACUCGCUCUAGCCUGACAUAUAAAUACAUCAUCCACGAAGACUCUGUACCUACAAUCAACAGCAACAAUGUCAUCCAGGAAGAAUUAGACACUUUUGAGUGGGCUUUGAAGAGCUGGUCUCAGUGUUCCAAACCCUGUGGUGGAGGUUUUCAGUAUACUAAAUAUGGAUGCCGCAGAAAAAGUGAUAAUAAAAUGGUGCAUCGAAGUUUCUGUGAAGCCAACAAAAAGCCAAAACCUAUCAGACGAAUGUGCAAUAUCCAAGAGUGCACACAUCCACUCUGGGUAGCGGAGGAGUGGGAACACUGCACCAAAACCUGCGGGAGUACUGGCUAUCAACUCCGCACCGUCCGCUGCCUGCAGCCGCUCCAGGAUGGCACCAACCGCUCAGUGCACAGCAAAUUUUGUGUGGGCGACCGUCCCGAGAGCCGCCGGCCCUGUAACAGAGUGCCCUGUCCAGCCCAGUGGAAGACGGGGCCCUGGAAUGAGUGCUCCGUCACCUGUGGGGAAGGGACAGAGGUGAGACAGGUGAUCUGCAGGGCCGCAGACCACUGCGACGGUGCGAAGCCCGAGUCGGUCAGAGCCUGUCAGCUGCCUCCCUGUAAUGAUGAGCCGUGCUUGGGAGACAAGUCCAUAUUCUGUCAAAUGGAGGUGCUGGCUCGGUACUGCUCUAUACCAGGCUACAACAAGUUAUGCUGUGAGUCAUGUAGCAAGCGCAGUAGCACCCUGCCCCCACCGUACCUUCUAGAAGCUGCUGAAACUCAAGAGGAUACUAUUCUUAGUCCUAGUGGCCUCCCUGGAUCUCUAGUGGUACCCACCUCCUUGGUUCCUUACUAUGCAGAGACCCCUGCUGAGAAGUCUUCCAUGGGAGGUCCAAACACACACACUGCUUUCAGGCCAAAUAGGAAACGUGAUGGUGCUAAAUUACACCAGAAGAGAGCUCAGCAAUCAGGAAGCGAAACGCUGAGGCCGGUCUCAGUACCGUCCUCUUCGCCCACCCAGAGCGGCCACCUCAGUUCAGCUUCUCAGUUGGCUGCUGCUCCCUUCCUUGCAGUCAGUAAUUCAAUAGGUGCUUCUUCUCAGACAAGAACCUCAAAGAAAGAUGAAAAGAUGAUUAAUAAGAGACAUCCAGUAAGAUCAUCCAACUUAGAGAGAUGAGAAAGUGACGCUAAGAAGCUAGAAGUCAGAGGGAAGCCUGGGCGACCUCCCUCUCCCCAUGGUGCAUACAGCUUGUUGAACGUGGAACUCUCCAUCGGUCAUCAACUCAGUUCAUCUCCAAAUAGAAGAACAAAAAGUGCUGGUUCACUUUGGAGUUGCUUUCAUCCUCCUUUUGUUCUGCAUUGACUUGUUUACUAGGAUUAAUUGGAAGAAAGCACCAAAGAUUAUAAGCGGAAGGAAAGUUGUGAAGUAUGUUGGUCACUCUCUGUAGCAGAAAAGGGACUGGAACCAUUUGUGCAUAUCAGCUGAUUUUUAUUUUAAAAAAAGUUAUGGUGAAAAUAAAGAGAUGCCAACAGUUUACAUUUUAACCAGAAAUUUUGAAAAUGGAGCAAAGAAUUCUUAGACUUGUAUUCCUAUUUAUCUAUAUUAGAAAUAUUGUAUGAGCAAAUUUGCAGCUGUUGUGUAAAUACUGUAUAUUGCAGAAAUCAGUAUUAUUUUAAGAGAUGUGUUCUCAAGUGAUUGUUUACUAUAUUACAUUUCUGGAUGUUCUAGGUGCCUGUCAUUGAGUAUUGCCUUAUUUGACAUUCCAUAGGUUGAUUUUCAAAGCAGAAGGUUAUGAAGAAGAGGUUAGAAUUAUAGCUACUUACAACACAAAGAAGUUCAUUGUAUGGUUUUGUUGAAUCAACAAUGUGAUACCCAAAUUAUAGUUUUUUAAAAAAAACUUCAGAUAUACAGAUAUCAGCUUAUCUGUUGCCUUCUAUCUUUAUAAUGAAAAGGGAUAAGCUUGUUAUCUUGGCAUACUAUUGGCCACAGAGAACAGUAAAUGAACCUGUUCAAGAUAAGAGAUGCCAUUGAGGUGUCCUAUGUUCUUGUGUUUUUAUUUUCCCAUUGUUGGCGCAUACAGAGAGUUUUACUCCACGUACUGUACUAAUCACCAAGGAAAGAUAUUUGGAAAUAACUUAUGUUGGUAGCUGCGAAAAGAAUCAUUGAACUAGAAUUGACACUCAAAUACAGUAGUGUUUUGGAAGGAGGUUCAAGAAAGCAUUUGUCAAGGGUUGAGAUAUUUAUUUUCUGCAUGGUUCAUAUCCAAAUGUUCACAACCACGAUGCAUCUGACUGCAAUCAUGUGCUAGUAAUUUAUGUCAGUGAUUAUCUUGCUCACAGUGAAGCCAGAAAUGCUCUCAACAGGGAGUAGAUGUAAAGUACUUGUAUAUAGAAUUCAGAACCUAAGCUAUUUAUUAAAAGUUGAUUUUUUUCUUGAUAGUAUUUUUAUGUACUAAAUAUUUACACCAAUAUCAAUGACAUAUUUUGGUAAACUAGAGAGACAGAAGGGAUGCAUGUUUUGUUCUGCUUCAAUUUCUCCUGUAUGAACAAAGUACCACAGCCUUCUCAAAGAGCUAAAAUUGAACAAAUUUGAGGUUAUGCAUUUUUGAAACAGUUGCUACAAAGUUGAUGAUUUGUUCCCCUUCAAGGAAAUAUAAAAUAUGACCUUAGCUGUCUAAUGAAAUAGUCGAUUAGAAAUUAUUUUUUAAGAAUGUGAAAGAGGUGAGUGCUGUCAACAUGACGUUUUUGAAAGGUCAGUACCAGAACUGUCAGAGAAAUGUUAUGCAGAGGAAGACAGAUCGGUUAGCUUUUCAAAGGACAGCAUGCUCAGGCUCUUGCAUUCUAACCCUUGUAAACUACCAGGCUGAGCUAUUGACUCCAUACCUCUAAGAAUCGCUGCUACUUUGUGCAAGACUUUUGAAGGUUGAACGAAUGAGGCAAAUUCCAGACAGUAAAAGAAUCCCUGAGCCCUAACUAGAAGUUCUUUUUUUUCCCUAAAAAAUUCCCAAGAAUGAAAUUCUCUCUGGUUUACAUGGGCAUGCGUUCAUCUGGUCCCAGGGGAAUGCUGAGAUGUCACACACACACACCUCCCAUUAAGAUGUGCAUAUUCAGUGUACUUCUCAUCUCUGAGCUUUCUUUUCUAAGCUACACAUUCCUUUUUAUCAACGUGUACACUACUGAUGCUGUUGUUGUAUUGGGAGCAUGUAGCAAUAAAAUCGUUAAUAGAUCUGG